AUUGAAUCUUCUUCUAUAAAUACCACAUAUUGCACAUCUUCCCUUCUAUCAUAACACGAAUCUCAUUUAUUAUCUCAAACAACCACUACUAUUUCUUCUUCACUCAUCUCUGUUUUCUAAAUGGCAAUAUCAUCCAUUAAUAAUUUUUUGUUCGAAGUACAACGAUCCGAACCAGAAUUGGUUGCUCCAGCAAAACCUACACCCCAUGAAUUUAAGCAACUUUCAGACAUCGAUGAUCAAGAAAGCUUUAGAUUUCAAAUUCCAUUAAUAUUUUUCUAUGCACAAAAUGCAAGCAUGGAGGGAAGUGAUCCAGUGAAGGUAAUAAAGAAGGCAAUUUCAGAGACAUUGGUAUUUUACUAUCCUUUUGCAGGAAGAUUAAGGGAAGGCCCUGGAAGGAAAUUGUUUGUUGAAUGUACAGCUGAAGGUAUCUUAUUUAUUGAAGCUGAUGCAAAUGUUACUUUACAACAAUUUGGUGAUGCCAUUCAACCUCCAUAUGCAUUUUUGGAUGAUGUUUUGUACAAUGUUCCAAAUUCUGAUGGGAUCGUUAACUCUCCAUUGUUGCUCAUUCAGGUGACGCGGCUAAGGUGUGGUGGUUUCAUCUUUGCCAUACGUGUAAAUCAUACGAUAACGGAUGCCUUUGGUUUCAUGCAAUUCAUGAGAGCUAUAAGUGAAAUAGGUCGUGGUGAAAUUGCACCAUCUAUACUUCCAGUGUGGCAAAGAGCUCUCUUAAAUGCAAGGGACCCUCCAAUAGUCACUUAUCGCCACCAUGAAUACGACCAAGUUGUUGACACCAAUCACACCAUCAUUCCUCUCAACGAAAUGGCCCAUCGCUCUGUUUUCUUUGGCCCUGCUGAGAUCUCUACCAUUCGCAAGACCUUACCCAUCCACCUUCGCCAUUGCUCUACCUUCGACCUCAUCACAGCUUGUCUUUGGCGCACCCGUACAAUAGCCCUUCAACCAAACCCAAACGACGAAAUGCGCUUACUUUGCGUUGCGAAUUUACGCUCCAAAUCAAACUAUUUACCUUUAGGAUAUUAUGGCAAUGCGUUUGCUCUCCCAGCGGCAGUCGCCACUGCAGGCGAGCUUUGUCGUAACCCACUAGGUUAUGCAGUAGAAUUGAUCAGAAAGGCCAAGGCAGAAAUGACAGAAGAGUACAUAAAGUCCGUGGCAGAUCUUAUGGUAAUAAAAGGACGACCUAGUUUAACAACAGCGAGAUCCUACGCUGUGUCAGACGUGACAAAAUCUGAGAUGGAGAAGCUAGAUUUUGGAUGGGGAAAAACUCUUUUCGGAGGACCUGCUAUGGGAGGGGUUGCAACAGUUCCUGGUUUGACAAGCUUUUGUAUACGUUUCAAAAACAAGAAAGGAGAACGAGGAAUAGUGGUUCCUUUCUCAUUGCCUGCUCCAGCCAUGGAGAGAUUUGUGGUAGAACUUGAUGCUCUCUUCAAAACAAAACCACCGAAUGAUGUGAAAAGCACUAAGGAAUCAUUCAUUCGAUCUGCUUUAUAAUGGAAAAAACUUGGCUUGCGAGAAAAUAAAUGUUAGAAUAUAUUGUAAUAGUUAUUGUCCUAUUGUGAUAAGAAACAUGUGUGUCAGGGGUAAUUCAGCUAUCCAAUUUAAACAUGGAAAAGAUUUAGGAAAACUUGGAGGGUUCACUACUACAAUAAAAACGUCAAGCUGUAAUUUUUAAAAACGUCAAGUAAUCUAGUGUCAAGAAUAAGACAAUUUUUUUACUAGC